AUGAAGGUUUUGUCGUCGACCUUGGCUGUGCUCCUGUGCUUGGCUGCUGGGCAAGAUCACCACCUGCGAGGGAAUGCAGCUGCUUCAGCUGAGGCAGAGCCUGUCCCAGUGACCGAGCCCGUUGCGGAGGAAGGUGCUCCAGUUGAGCUUGCGAGCCUGGGAGUUGAGUCAAACUCUGAAGCUGCAGGUGCCACGUGUGAGAAAUGGGUCACUUGCAAGGAUGGCUUCUUUGGCAACAUCAAGUGCAGUGGCUCUCGUUACUGCAAAGUAUGGGGGCCUGCACCGGGGCCGCAUGGGGCUAGUUGCAAGAAAUGGGUCACUUGCAAAGACGGCUUCUUUGGCAACAUCCGUUGCUCUGGCUCUCGAUAUUGUGAAGCCUGGCGGUAG